UUAACCCAGCGUCUUUUCCCAGAGACACUUCACUAGUUGGUGUGGGGAAGCCCAUCAAACUCCGAUUCUUCUCCAAAAAGACCCACAGAGGGUGUGCUGCUGUUCCAGGUGCAUUGCUGCUACUGCUGUCCCAUUUGGUGAUUUACCCCAGUCAGUUACACGCACACACAGACACACACCAACAUACAUACACGCUGACUGAGGAUUAUCCAGGAUGGAGCUGCAGAAGAUGGGAGAAGACAUGGGCACUGAGAGGCUCAAUGGGACCAUACCUGAUAAUGACAAGGCUGCUGUGCUGGAGGACGGCUAUGAGGAAGAUGAGCAUGUUUUGACGGAGCAAGAGGAGUUCCUGCCCCACAUCGCUAGCAAGAAAUUGAACCAGUUCACUGACUUUGAGGGGAAGACUUCAUUUGGGAUGUCCAUCUUUAACCUGAGCAACGCCAUCAUGGGCAGCGGCAUCCUUGGUCUCGCCUAUGCCAUGAGGAACACUGGAAUCGUUCUCUUUGUGGUGCUUUUGAUCAGCAUUGCUUUGCUCUCCACCUAUUCCAUUCACCUGCUGCUGAAAUGUGCCGGAGUCGUGGGAAUUAGGGCUUAUGAACAGCUGGGACUCAGGGCAUUUGGCCAUGGGGGCAAAGUGGUUGCCGCUGUGAUAAUCUCAAUACACAACAUAGGAGCAAUGUCCAGUUACUUGUUCAUUGUUAAAUCUGAACUGCCACUGGUGAUCCAAACCUUCUUAGGGCUGACAGAGAAAAACGGCGAAUGGUACUUGAACGGGAAUAUUUUAAUCAUCGUUGUCAGCGUUUGUGUCAUCCUGCCCUUGGCAAUGAUGAAACAUUUGGGCUAUCUUGGUUAUACCAGUGGACUUUCGCUCACCUGUAUGGUUUUCUUUCUCAUCUCGGUAAUCUACAAGAAAUUCCAGAUCGCCUGCCCCCUCAAUAGCACCGUGGAUAACAACAGCACUGUGGAACCCGAAACCUGCAAUGUUGAGGUCUUCACUGUCAACUCCCAGACGGCUUACGCCAUCCCCAUCCUGGCAUUUGCCUUUGUUUGCCAUCCGGAGGUGCUUCCCAUUUACACCGAGCUACGCAGGGCCUCAAAGCGUCGGAUGCAGAAUGUAGCAAAUGUCUCCAUCCUGGCCAUGUUUUCCAUGUACCUGUUGACUGCUAUCUUUGGCUACCUCACCUUUUACGGGAGCGUUGAAGCAGAGAUGCUGCACACUUACAUCAGAGUUGACCCUAUGGACAAGCUCAUCCUCUGUGUGCGGCUGGCUGUGCUGCUGGCUGUGACACUCACGGUGCCUGUGGUCCUGUUCCCGAUCCGCAGGGCCAUCCACCAGUUGCUGUUCCACAAGAAGGACUUCAGCUGGCUGCGCCACGUCGCCAUUGCCUGCUGCCUCCUGGUCACCGUCAACCUUCUCGUCAUCUUCGUGCCAAACAUCAAGGACAUUUUUGGAGUCAUUGGAGCCACGUCAGCCCCCAGCCUCAUCUUCAUCCUUCCGAGCAUUUUCUACAUCCGUAUUGUCCCCAAUGAUAAAGAACCACUGCUGUCCAGAUCCAAAAUACAGGCUGCCUGUUUUGCUGCCCUUGGCUUCAUUUUCAUGGUGAUGAGCCUCAGCUUUAUCAUUGUAGACUGGGUAACGACAGGAAAGAGCAGCGGAGUGGGACAUUAACCCUCUCCUUCCCCCACAAGAGACACAGUGGUGGUUCUAACCAGGGAGGACCAUUCAGUGCCACAGGAACGGCAUCACCACCUCCUGUUUACCUCCACUCAUCCUGGAGAGGCACCUCCGAUCCCUGCCCAUCUCUAUGGGGAAGUAUCAGAAGGCACCCUUUGUUGCCAUGGCAAUGCAAAGUAACCUGGGUCAGCCCCGAGGCUUCUCCUCAGCCCUCUUUGGGCUCUAGGGCUGUGAAACAGCUUUUUCCAAAAAGAAAAAAAAGGGUACCUGUCAUCAUGGGACAAGCUCUACUCAUUUGUCGGAUUUGGUGCUAUGACAAUUGACCUUUUAUGUGCUUUCGGCUCCUAUGGUAGCAGCACAGUGCUCCUGGUCUUUUUUUCCCCUCCCUAGCAAUACGAUACCAUUGUGUGUCACAGCAAAACUGCGGAGUUUUGUUUGUUUGGGGUGGGGGUUUUUUUGGUCCAGGAUGACAGCACUGGCUCUCAAAAUGUUGGGGGGGGGGGCACUUGUUUUUUGCCGUUAUGGAAAUAAUCUCUGGUUAGUCCUCCCUCUUUUGUCAUUGUAGCAGGGAUACCUGGCUGUCUGGUUGGCAGUGUUUCCUGCCUCCCUUUACAUUGUUGUUAAAGCGUGGAAGCCGGGCCCUGCUUUUUCUGUUACCGUAGAGACAGAGCCCCAGCCUUCAUCCAUUUGUCUGUUCUGCAGCCUGCUGCAACUUAUGCCUGGGCUUGUAAAGCAGCCCCAAGGUGGAGGUGGCCAAACCAACACCGCCCCCUAGUGGACAAUCUUAAUUUAUUUGCUAGUAUUUAAUUUGGGCCUGGCAACCAGACCAAAGACUACAACAUAAGUAUCCUGGUGCCAACACAGUCGUUCCCCUGACACAGGUGACGUUUAGGGUGAUGAAAGAAGAGUGGGUGUGUGGGAAAACCAGAAAGCUGGACUCCUUUGCUCCCUUCACAGGAGUAUGGGGGCAGAAUGGGCUUCUUAUAGGUUACAACAGGAGGCUUCAAAACAAAGGUUCCAGGGUAGCGGGUAAGAAAUGUCUCUUUGUUUGGUUGUUCUGUCCUAGCACAGAGUGAUGCUAGAUUUCUUCUGGGGCCAUCCAGAAAAAGUUAAUUCUGCCUACACUACAGGGCCACUUGUUGAUUUCCCUUUAGUACAACUCCCUGCACCACAGCCAUCAACUGUACACCUUCUAGGAGGUUCUAUCUGAAUCAGAGCUUCCAUCACUUGCUCUCUGAGAGCUCUUGAGUUGAGGAGCUUGUUCAGGAAGCUUUCUAAACAACGCUGAGGUAGAGCAAACAUCAAAACGUUUGACUGAAGGGUAUUGCAAGCAAACUAAGGAGAGAUGUUUGUGCUAUAUGGGUACUCCCAUACUAGUCAUCUACUAUGGAGUAGCCACACUUGGUUCACUCAUGGUUCACAGGCCAUCUGCAUGAUGGUGUCAUCCAACAAGUGUAGUCCAGUGUUCUCCCUGUGCACCUUCUGGCUUUUUUUUAGCCUGUAGAAAAUCUGACUCUUUGGGGAGAAAGAAGAAGAUGGGUAGGGCAGCCUUCGCACUUGUAGAUUGCCUGGGCUCUAUUCUUCCAACUGCUUUAAGAGGCAUGGACCCUGUUCAGAAGAUGCCUUAAACCAUGGCUUUAACCACAGUAGUUAAGCCAGAAAGCCAGACUGUGUUCAGAAGACACCUUAAACCACGGCUUUAACCAUGGUGAAUAAAGCAAAAAGCCUUAUUCGCUGUGGUUAAAGCCAUGGUUUAAGGUGUCUUCUGAACAUGGCCUAGCUUUCUGGCUUAACCACCUUGGUUAAAAUCAUGGUUAAAGGUGUCUUCUGAAUGGGUCCAUGGUUUUGAUAUGUGCACAAUGAAGUAUCAGGGUUUACCUCUGAAGGCCAAAGACUGGGUCGCAAAAUGUCAGCAGUGCUCUUGGCUGUGGUCUGCUCUAGUUCCUUGAGUGUUUAUCUCUUGGCUCAGGCUAGAGGCCUCAUUUAGGCAAGGCGACAUCUCGUUCCUCAGACAAAAUCAUUAAAGGCAGCAAACCAUCAGUGUCAAUAUUUAUUAAAACCAUACAUUCACCGCCAUGUCGGAGGGAAAGGGAUGAUAUUUGGAUUUUCUAUCUCAAGCCACUUUUCUACCACUUUAUGGGUUGGAUGUUGAGCAGUGCCGGCUCCAGGCUUUGGAGGGCCCUUGGGCAAGAGGCUCUUAAUGGGGACCUUCCCUCAGUAAAGUCGGCCUUGUCACCGCCAUGUUCACCAGCUGCUCUUGCUCUUCCUCCCCUUUCUCAUCAUUGCUAGGGUGACCAUAUGAAAAGGAGGACAGGGCUCCUGUAUCUUUAACAGUUGUAUUGAAAAGGAAAUUUCAGUAGGUAUCAUUUGUAUAUAUGGGGAACCUGGUGAAAUUUCCUCUUCGUCACAACAGUUAAAAGCUGCAGUUGCCCUGCCCUCUUUUAAAUCUGGUCACUCUAGUAUAGCUCCUGCACCUUUAAUUGUGGUGAUGAAGAGGGAAUUUCACCAGGUUCUCCAUAUAUACAAAUGACACCUGCUGAAAUUCCCUUUUCUAUGCAACUGUUAAAGAUACAGGAGCCCUGUCCUCCUUUUCAUAUGGUCACCCUAGGCUUGCUUGGCAGCUAGAGAGCCAGUGAGCAAGUAGGCAGUGGCACCUCCUACUCUAUUUUUUCCACCCCCACUGUUGUCUAGGCCAGAGCAAGGGGCAGGUGAACAAGCAGGUUGCCGUGGGAAGCGGAGGAGCAAAUCUAGGGGGCUCUUAUCAAUAGACCUCCUACCAUAGUGUGGACCCUUGGCAGGUGCCUAACCAUACCUGCCUUUGAUGCUGGCCCUGGUGUUGAGGGACGAAGUGAAAAUGAAACAAUGGACAGGGAGCCAGGUUCCCAUCCCUCUCUAUUGAGAAGGUUCUUCUGCCAGUCUGACAAAGAAGAUUUUGCUAGGGAUUUCGCAGGCUUGCAACCUUCGCACCUGCAGUGCCUUUCCACCUCUACAGCUUUCGUCCUUUCCUCCCCUCCUACCACACCCGCAUGGCCUUUCCUUACACAGAGGUCAGAAACCAUUCCUGACUUCAUUGUAUGUCCCCGUAAUAUCAUCAUUACUAUCGCAUCAGCAUCACCUACAUUUCUCCAGAUGUUAAGCAUUCCUUUGAGCAGUGCCAUUGCCACUGUCAAAGUAAAGGGUGCUCAUGCCUUGUUGUUGCUUAGACCAGGGUAGGCAUUGUGCUCCAGAUGUUUUGGGCUACAAUGCUAACUCCCUGAUUACUGGCCAUGGUGGCUGGGACUCAUGGGAGUUGCAGUCCAAAACAUAUGGAGGGCACCAGGUUGCCUACCCUGACUUUAUGCAGAGUUGGAAGGGACCUCAAAGGACAUCUACUCUAAGCCCCUGCCAAUGCAGGAACUCCAGUGCUACAGCAUCCGUGAUAGGCAGCCAUGCAGCAGCUGCUGGAAAGCCUCUAAUGAAGGUGAGCCCUCCUUCCAAGGCAGCCCAUGCCACUGUUGAACAGCUUGUGCCAUCAAGAAGUUCUUCCUAAUACUUAGUUGAAAUCUUCCUAGUAAUUUCAACCCGUCGGUUUGGAUCCUAGCCUCUGGAACAACAGAAAUUAAUUUUGCUGUACCAUCUCUGUGACUGUCAUUCAACUAUUUGAAGAUGGGUACUCUAUGUCCCCCUGUAUACUACCGAGACAGUGGUCACCAUAUUCCACCAUAGGCUGCCAGGCUUCUUUGAAAACACUACAUAGUGGAAAGUCUCCUUUGAUCACCCUGCCUCAAUCGUUAAUAAUCAACCAUUGGUACGGCAUGCAUUACUUCUGCUUUAAGUUCAUUGAGCUAUAUUUCUUGUUUUGUCCAGCUCAUCUUUAAAAGCACUUAGGAGCUCAAUGUUUUUUCCCCCCCUUUUAACUUUUUUUUUUUUUUUUUUUGGCUAGGCAGAAAGGAAACUGAGAUUAUUGGUGGUUUACCUGAAUGAUCUGGGUUCAUUUUCAGUAGAGUUGCACAUUCUCCAACUGAUACCAUAACAUAAUGUGCAUCACAACUUUUCUCUACUUGUAUAGUCAGGAAAAUUUGGGUGGGGCUGGGGGAUGCAUUAGGAAUAUGUGAGCAUGACAUAUAUUGCCUGAUUUAUUACUUAUUCUUCUUCACCUGAUAGCACCAUCAGUGUACACUGAAAAUCAUAAGCAAAACCCAGAUCCCUGCCCCAAAGAGCUUACAGAUGCAAGCACCAGCUUAAAUCUGAGACUGCUAACCUCAAAGUUAGGGUUCCUAUGCCUUGCCAAGAGAGAUGUUGCAACAGCAGCUACUUGCAAGGUUUCAAUACUGUAGGAAUUUGAAGAGGUGUGCCUGCUGAAAUGUGUUCUAUCAAAGGUACAAGAGGCCCUAAUACUCAGAAGGUCACCAUCCUCAGAUUAAUAGUGCAAUCUUAGGCACGUCUACUUAGAUGUAAGCUCCAUUUGUUUCAAUGGGACUUACACCCAAGUAAGUGUGCAUAGAAUUACAGCCUAAAUUACUUUAUGGAGCAUUCAGUGCCCACAAUAACCCUCCUGAAAAGUGAGGGUCCCUGGGGGAUAUUCUUUGUAAGUAGAAAUCUAAUUGUCACAGGUCUUGCCAUAGGAAUUGCUCAUGGAGAAAUCUCAGUGGAUGUUUUCUUUGAGAUAGCCUUUGGUACAUGAGUGCGCUAGCUCAGGAUUCUGUUCUGAUCAUGCUUCCAAUUUGUGCUGGGGUUUUCUAUGUGCACAGGUUGCUUCUACCUACCUUAUUUGUAUGUAAUAUUGCAAGAUAACCUCCAUAUGUGGACCUGUUUGGCUGGUAGAAUACACAUUUCUUGCUUUAGUACCAGAUCUCCUAAUGUCAUGUUUACUAGUCUGUAUGCUGAGCUUUAAAGUGGAAGCUACAAAAAUGCUGACAUUGAAGUGGAAGUUUUCCAUCAAGGUGUCAUACUCCCCUGAAAUGGAUGGUAGUUCUGCUGCUUGCCCUCUAUCUCACUCUGAGGAGGACCAGCUUCUUCACACAACAUAACCUACCUGACUCCAUUGGACAAGUUGGAGGUAUGUCCCUCAUCUCUUCAAAACCAUGCCAUUGCUGCUUUUGAGUGUCAGCAUUAGCCAUGCUGCCUCCUCUGCCUUACUCAUGAACUGCUUCUGUCUUUCACCAUCCCUGGGCAUCUUUUUGAGUCCACUGUUGCAUCUUUUUGAGUCCACUGCUUGGCCAGAUGCAAAAGAGGACAGGGCUUUGUGUGCAAGAGGGGAUUUUUUUUUGUUCUGCACAACUAGUAAAGUUAGAGCUCUGUCCUCUUCUGCAUCUUACAUUUUGAAAUGGCCAGAGAAGACACUUAGCAUAUUGUAGUUACAUAGCAAAUACAACCUGACUUGCUCCUGGCCUAGUUAGGCUAUAACUGAAGAAGUACCUUGAAGCAUAGUUAGGGCUUCUAGCUGAGAACAUCCACCACUGAGCCAAUGGCCAGGAUGCAGGGUCCAUUUGUACAAUAGCCAUAUGAGACAAACUGGCCCCUCUCUCUUGUCUGGCCACUCAGGUCCACAUCUUUAUUUCUUUUCCCAAAAUAGUAUGCAUAUCUCAUUACAACACGUAUUUCCCAUACGACUCUUGAUUUUCUCCUGUCUUUUUCUCUAUUUCAUUCUCUGAAAACCUCAGGAUGAUAUUUCAUAUAGUGUCAAGAGCUCAGAUUCUGCUUUGGGGGAGGGGUGGGGUUCAGAUUUGAGGGAGGAGGGAACACAGCUUCAAAAUGUGAAAUUGAUGUAAGGACACAGUAUUUGUAUAAUUUUGGAAUUCAAUAAAGAUCUUCAUUAGAA